CCGCCUGGCCAUGACCAUGUGGACGAUCGAGAUAACCGCGGCCGUGCUCUCCAUGCGUCUACGAUGAACGCGCCCUCACUGGAGCUCCCUCUGAGCGCCUUCUCGCAGCCCGAGGAAGAGCACACGCCUCGUGCCCAUUACUCUCCACCAUGGGCCAACACAUCCAUCAUCGGCGUGGCUGGCAGCUCGGGCUCGGGCAAGACUUCGCUGUCUAUGGCCAUCAUUCGAGAGCUCAGCCUGCCAUGGGUGGUCAUUAUGUCGAUGGACAGCUUCUACAAGGUCUUGACACCGGAGCAGUCGGCUGCCGCGUUCAGAAAUGAAUACGACUUUGACGCGCCUGAGGCCAUCGACUUUGAUGUGCUCGUGGAGAAGCUGAGAGACAUCAAGUCUGGAAAGAAGGCCGAGCUCCCGGUCUACUCUUUCGAGAAGCAUGCGAGGCUGGACAAGACCACUACCGUCUACUCGCCACAUGUUCUUGUGCUGGAGGGCAUCUUUGCCCUCCACGACCAACGCCUUCUCGAUCUACUGGAUCUCAAGAUCUUCACCGAGGCCGAUGCAGAUCUCUGUCUUGCUCGACGCUUAACACGCGACGUUCGUGAACGUGGUCGUGACAUUGAAGGAUGUAUCAAACAAUGGUUCUCCUUCGUGAAGCCAAACUUUCACCGCUACGUCGAACCGCAGCGAAAUGUUGCAGAUAUUAUUGUUCCACGUGGUGUCGAGAACAAGGUUGCUAUCAGCAUGGUCUCAGACCGCAUUCACAAGACAUUACAAGAGAAAUCGCUGCAACAUCAGCUUGAACUCCGACACUUGGGGCAGGUCGCAGAGGACGCGCCACUGUCACAACACGUCUCAAUUCUACAGCACACCAACCAAGUACGCGGCAUCAACAGCAUUCUCAUGGACCCGAUAUUGGAGCGAGAAGACUUCAUAUUCUACUUUGACCGCCUUGCCGUCAUGUUGGUAGAACAGGCAUUCGCAGCUGGAAUGUGCUAUAGGCAGCAUACCGUUCAAACACCGGUUCCUGGUGAAACAUAUCGUGGCCUCGAACUGGAUGGCGAGGUAUCUGCUGUUGUCAUAUUGCGAGGCGGCUCAUGCUUCGAGACCGGCCUCAAGCGUGUAAUACCAGACUGCCGCAUCGGACGAAUGCUCAUCCAGACCAACUAUCGCACCGGAGAGCCAGAACUUCACUACUACAAGCUGGCAUCAGACGUGGCAGAACACAAGCGGGUAUUGCUAAUGGAUCCACAGAUGAGCAGUGGUGGUGCCGCUCUUAUGGCUGUACGAGUUCUCCUGGAUCAUGGCAUCAAGGAGUCUCAUAUCAUCUUCGUCACAUAUAUGGCUGGAAAGAAUGGUCUGAAUAGGGUGAUGACCGUCUUCCCGGAAAUCAAAGUUGUCGUAUGCAGAUUAGUUGGAGAUAUGGAAAUUCGAUGGGUCGAGCAGCGAUAUCUUGGCUGUUAAAAUGCGUAUGCAGGAAAGAAGAUCAACAUUUCGAAGCCUCAGCCUCAUCAAGGCAAUCAUGC